GUUCAAGGGGGGUGUCUGUUAUGGGGGGAUAGGGUGGUUAUCCCAGAAAAAUUGCGCGAAAAUGUGUUGGAACUGUUGCAUGUGGGCCACCCAGGGAUUGUGAGGAUGAAGAGUUUAGCGAGGAGUUAUGUAUGGUGGCCCCUAAUGGAUAAGGACAUCAGCGACAGGGUAGGGAAAUGCCAAUCCUGCCAAGAGUCGAGGUCACUACCCCCUACAGCCCCAGUUAGAGAGUGGGAGAAACCCCAGGGGCCAUGGUCCAGGAUUCACAUAGAUUUUGCGGGGCCGUUCCAUGGGCAGACCUUUUUAAUUGUAGUAGAUGCCUACUCAAAAUGGUUAGAAAUCAUCCUCAUGAAAAGCACAACGGCCGAAGCAGUAAUCGCAGUCCUAAGGCAUCUAUUCGUAACACACGGCCUGCCCGACACCCUAGUCUCUGACAACGGCCCGCAAUUCACGGCAAACCAGUUUGAGGGGUAUUUAGCGGGAGAGGGCAUCAGACAUGUCCUCUCGGCGCCUUUCCACCCAGCGAUGAACGGACUUGCAGAACGU